CCUCUGUCAGCCCCCUGUUAUAGUCUUCUCCCUGUGGCCAGGCAGGGCACACACACAGAACUCCCAGUCUUUGCUAUGUGGGGGCACCCUGUGCUGGUGAGGUGACAGUGUUAACAGCUUUCUCUCUGCCCCCAGAUCUGGAGAGAACAGGACCACCAUGCACAAGUGUUACACAUUCCUCAUCUUCAUGGUCUUGCUGCUGCCCUCACUGGGCCUGAGCAGCUUGGAUGUGUUUUUCCGCUGGCUAUUUGACAAAAAAUUCCUUGCUGAAGCUGCAGUGCGAUUUGAGUGCGUGUUCCUGCCAGACAAUGGCGCCUUCUUUGUCAACUAUGUCAUCGCCUCUGCUUUCAUUGGGAACGCCAUGGACCUGCUGCGCAUCCCUGGCUUGCUCAUGUACAUGAUUCGCCUUUGCCUGGCCCGCUCAGCCGCUGAACGGAGAAACGUCAAGCGACACCAGGCCUACGAGUUCCAGUUUGGGGCCGCUUAUGCGUGGAUGAUGUGUGUAUUCACUGUGGUCAUGACCUACAGCAUCACCUGCCCCAUCAUUGUCCCCUUUGGGCUCAUGUAUAUGCUGCUCAAGCACCUGGUGGACCGCUACAAUCUGUACUACGCCUACCUACCUGCCAAACUGGACAAGAAGAUUCAUUCAGGUGCUGUGAACCAAGUAGUGGCAGCCCCCAUCUUAUGCCUCUUCUGGCUUCUCUUCUUCUCCACCAUGCGUACAGGGUUCUUGGCCCCAACUUCUAUGUUCACUUUUGUGGUUCUUGUGAUCACCAUUGUGAUCUGCCUAUGUCACGUCUGCUUUGGGCACUUCAAAUACCUCAGUGCUCACAACUACAAGAUUGAGCACACAGAGGUGGAUACCACAGAAAGUAGGCAGAACGGGAGACCUGCCACCAACCUGCCAGCUCCCAAAUCCGCUUAUAUCGCCCAAGUGCUGCAGGACUCCUCCCCAGAGGGCGAAGCAACUGAGUCGGAGGAGCAGGGAUCACAGGAUGAGGAGCUCAUCACUACCGAUGGCAUGAAUGACACGGAUUUCCAGUCGUGUGAGGACAGCCUGAUAGAGAAUGAGAUCCACCAGUAGGGACUGCAGAGGGAGGGCAGGAGGGAGGGAAGGAAUGGAGUCCCAGGAGCAGGGCAGGCUGCGCCCACUGCAACCGGGAGAGAGAAAGCGAAGGGAGUGCAGAGCUGAGGGGGCCAGCCGCUCCUCUCGCCCACCCCCAGGGCCACUACCUUCAGCGAGGGCAGGGGCCCUGCUGCCAGCUCUCCAUUUCCCUGCCUCCACUGCUGCGCUGCCUGGCCCCUCUGCGGGCUUGCUCCUCACUCACUACCUUCAUUAAUGCGUACCCAGACUGUAAACCGCUAGAGGCUGAGGAGGAGGGAGACUGUGACCCUACCGGCACUUCAGGAGUGGAGGGAGGCCAGGUGCUUUAUUGGAGGGGUCUCAGGCCAAGGGGCUCCUCUAGUGUUUUCUGAACUGCUCCCUCUGUCCCCUGUCCUCCUGGCAAGGAAUGCAAACACUAAUUUAUUAGAUUUACAGGAAGAUGAUGAACAAAAAGCUUUAAUCAGUGUAUUGGAAGAUGGGGUGGCUUUGUGCCACGUGCCCAAGUAGUGCUGCCUUCCCUUCUCCCAUGUUCCUCGCUCAGCCUCUUGUGGCAUCCUCUGGGUGUGACAUCCUAGGCGCUAGGGGGUGAGGAUGGUGUCCCUCUCUUCUUCCCCCCGUGUGUGCUGGGAAGACUGGUUGAACCCAGGAGAGCAGCACAGGGCAGCCCCUCACUGGGUGGGGGGUGCUGAAGGUGCUCUCACAGGCAGGAGGCGCAGGCAGCCUCUCCCCCACAAGUGCAUCCCCCUCCUUACCCAGGUGCACAGGUGGGGGGUUGCAGCAUCAUUUUAAGUGGCAUUUUUUUGCACAUUUUCCUUCUCUUUCAAACACAAAUCAACCUGACCUCUGUAUGGUACUGCAGUCCUCUCUGCUGCCUGGUGUCUAUGGAGCAAGGCUAGGCACAGGGGAACUGUACUGCGGAGCUGCUGGGUGCUAUGGAGAGGGAAGAAAGGGGUCUGGACCAUAACAUCCUCAGCACCUUGCAGCGAUGGGCUGCUUCACCUGCCCAGGGCUCUUUCUUCCUUGCCUCUGACUUUGUCCUCUCUCUGGUGAUAGCUGUGUCUAGGCAGAGAGGGGGCAGGAAGGACUGGGAGAGGGGCCUGGACUGCCUGAAGUGGAGUGCAGGCAGGAGAGGCAGAUGAGCCCCUGGCACUCUUGCUUGGAGGUUCUUGUGAGGAGGUUUCUGGUUAGCAUCAGUGGCUCUUAAUUGCUUUCCCCCUCCCCUUGUGUAAAAUGUAAAGGAAAAAUAAUCUCCCUGCUACUGAGCUAUAUUUAUUUCCCUCAACCCCCUGCCACCAUCCUCUUUGGUGCUCAUUGCUGAUACUGCUCCCUUCACUCCGCCCGUUGUGGGUGUGCUCUGGUUUCUGGAGCUGAACCCAGCCACCCUCUGGGCUCCCUCAGACCAGGAGGAAGGGGACAGUCAUUUACCUUUCCAAUCACCAACACAGGCCCUGGAGCUCAAAGCACUUUAUGGACCUGAACAACUGAAGCAUUCUGCUGUGGAGAAAGGUGAUCAUUGGCACUGGCUUUUCUCCCUCUUGCUCUUCUUUAGAGGAGUGGAUUCCACUCUUCAAGGCUGCUGUGUGAAGGAUGGAGCUGCCUUUCCUCUACAUCUCUCUAUAGGACCCCAAGCCCAGAGGAAAGGGGGGGCUGAGGUGAAGAAUUGUGGGUCCUGGAGCAAUGGAGAUGGAGAACACACAAGUGGGGAGAGCCACAAUAUUUGUAACAAAUCUCCUGCAGGAAAAGGCUCAACGGUAUUGGUUGGUGGUCUGUGUCCAUGCCCCUACCCCAAGAUGCAGGCUGGAGGCUGGCUGGGUGCUCCAGCCCUGCUGUUGGGAUGCUGCUCGUGGAGGGCUGGGUUGGGUUUGGCACUGUCUGUGUAGAGAUGUGUAUAAUACCCUGUAUAUAUUUGUGUACAAAAGGAGGAAAA